UUAUACGCCUACAUAAUCAGCUUCUAAGUUUAGGAUUUAAAAGGAACAAUUUUUGAGAAACAAACAUUACAAAAAAACUUCUUUUUUUUUUGGGAAUGCUGGAGAAAGUGUCUGAUACAUUGGCGCGCAAAUUCAAACCUUAACUGUACACAACAUGCCAUCUAUGAAUAUGUGGACGCAAAGUUCUUGGCAAGCCACAGAUCUAGCUCAGCUCGACAUAACUGCAUGAACUCGUUUGAUGACGAAGUAGUGCUUGUGCUUCUUGAAGACUCUUCGAGGCUGUGGACGUUGUCCCACUAAAGAUACUUUAAGAAAAUAUGAACUUCUCGCCGUUUGGUGUCCCUCUGUCGGCGGCUUUACCGGUGGCCACGCAAUUUUCGGCGGGAAAGAUCACCCAGAGCGUCACCACGCCGAACGGUCAGGUCGUGGGGGUGCUGCAAGGAGGCGAGAAUGGGGUCCACUACAUCCGUCCUUUGGACGCCAACGCCUUUGCCACCGCCACCUCUCAACAGAACCAGUUUCCUUUUCAGGGUACUCAAAUAAUAACCUUGCCCAUUACUAUGCCGGGGGCGAAACCGGGCGAUCCCCAACAAACUGUUCAGAUACAGGUGGUGAAUCCCCAACCGACGCCCGUUUCGCAGGCUAGUCCCGCCAGCUCACCCAAGUACCAGAUCUCCCAGAUACCAAUACAGGCCUUCGGACAGGGCGCGACCGUCCUAACGGUCGCAUACAACUCCAACCAGGAGGGCAUUCAGAUUUUAGACGGCCAAAACGGCAUGCCCGAAGGAAUGACGGUGGUAGCCGCCCUCCAACCCCAAGACAUCCAGCUGAUCCAAACGCAGGCGGAACCCGAAAAGCCAGAUAAAGAACCAACGCCCGUAGCCCUGAUCAAAAACGAAAUCAACAGCAAAGACCACGAAUCGGACCCCACAGCUACGGCUUCCAUUUCCAUCCCCGCCCAGUACCUCCAAAACACCAACAUACAAGAGUACCUACAGAAGAUGCAGAACACCACGCUGCCGCUCAGCCUACAGCAAUUCCUCAAGUUCAACACCACCGACAUCAAGCGGGAGCAAAUAACCGAAGAAGGGGUGAUAGAGACGGUGAACGUCGCCACCACCGACGGCCAGGGCCACCUCGUCAUGCAAGAAGUGACGACGGCCGAAAUGGAGACGGAAGAAAGCGUGGACGAUCCGAACGACAAGGGCAAGAAGAAGAAGAAGUACAAGAAGAAGCCGCCGAAGCCUAAGAAGCCCAAGCCGGGUCAGGUGCACAUCGCCACGGCUCUGGACGGUACCACGCUCUUCUGCUGUCCCGAAUGCCACAUGGCCUACCCCGAGAAGGAGCUGCUGGAGCAGCACCUGGUGGGCCACAAGAUUGAAAGGCGUUUUAUCUGUGACAUAUGCGGGGCCGGCCUGAAACGGAAGGAGCACCUAGAGCGGCACAAGCUGGGGCACAACCCCGAGAGGCCGUUCGUCUGUUCCGUGUGCAUGAAGGGUUUCAAGAGGAAGGAGCACCUGAACCUUCACUUUGUGAUCCACUCGGGUGAGAAGACGGAGAUAUGCGGCGAGUGCGGCAAGGGGUUUUACAGGAAGGACCAUUUGAGGAAACACGCCAGGUCGCACAUUACCAGGAGGGCCAAGGAACAGGCCGAAAGGGCGCAGGAGAUGCUGACCAAAGACCCGACGGGAAGCAACGGCACCGGGACGGCGCAAGUUACCAUUCAAGUAGGCGGGAUAAAUGUGCCAAACUCCCAGAUCCAGAUCCCAGUCCAGAUCCAGGUGCCGCAGCACCACAUACAGGUCUCUCCGCACAACGAGGAGGAAAGCGAAAACCCAGUCAGCACCGUCGUCUUGCCAACAGCCUCCGAGGGUUUGUCCAUACUACCCAAUUAAGUUUCUUCAAGGCUCGGACUCUAAAACAGUUUUGGUCCUUCGGACCUGUCUAUUCAAAAAGACAAAAACAAAGGUCGUUAAGUUUGUUAGGCCUCCGGGAUAUGGUUCUGUGUACAUAAUAGCUAAACAUUUUUCAUAUUUAUUGCCCGCGGAUGCGGUUGAGGUUCGCCGCUGGCCGGACGUAUUCGCGAGUUAAUUUUUUUUGUUCCAUCAGUAUUAUUUUGCAAUAUUGAUAAAGGCCGAGGGCAUCGAAUAUGUCCGGUCGGGUGGGUUCUAGAUGUCGGCCAUGCCCUUCAUGUUACUACCGAGCUCGAAAAUUCUUCGGAAUUGUAAUCGUUUUUCUUAAAUAAAGUGGACCAAAAGUGUCUUUUUUGAGUUUGGCGGAACGUGAAGAAAAACAAGAGCCCAAGAUAUGACAACCCCUAUUUUUAUUUAAUUUAUGCUUUACUAUCAUAUUUUUUACUUCUAUGUACAAAAAUAAUUAUUUAAAUUUAGCGUAGCAGGUUUUGGGUAUUUUUUUUUAUGAUUAUUGAAUAUUUUUUUAAUUGCAUCGAAGAAUACGGAAUUCUUGCGGACGGGUUGUCCCGAUUAUUGUUAACAUAACCUCAAUUUCUCGAUCGACAUACAGGAUGUCACGAUUUAGAGGCGUACAGGGUUGUCGAUGUAUCUUGGGAGACGUGUUUCUUUUGGAAAACGCUGAAAGUAAUAAAAUUCUGAAAAUGGUGUUACAUUUUCAGUGGCUAUCGCUCAAAUGUCGUGUAAAAUUUUUUUUUAUAUACUGGGUGUUCAUAAAAAACGCUGCGAGAUGUACCUCUAGCAUUUUCGAUCACAUUAAAAAAAAGAUGGACGUUAACGACUCCAAUAACACUACAAACUGACAUUUACUGAAAUUUUUUUGCUAGGCCUACUUUAAGAGGGGUUUAUAACAAAUAGGCAACCAGCAAUACAUUUUUAUAGAUUUUA